AAACUGCAAGUACACACAGGCGCCCAUAUGGAGACCGCGCGCGGGGCUGACGACCACUCUCUGAGACGCGCUGCACCCCAAGGACCGUCCUCUGCCACCCUCUGGCCUUCGCAGCACACAGCCGGCUCACUGCGGUCGCGGCUGCCACGAAGAAGGGCACGGGAGUCUCUGCCUUUCCGCGGACAACGCACAUCGACAUAUCCGAUCUGCAGGUGUGCACGCUGUUGUCCGACCCUUCGCGCGUUUCUGCGGGUGAGCCGCGACAACUUGGCACGCGACGGUUCCGCACCCCUCCGAAGAAAACGCUACCAGGCAUCAACUGUCCUAGCAAGUAAUUCAGUGACAGGGUCAAGGUCGACUCGAUGGCUUCGUCUUCAGUCUCGCCAGCCGAUCUGACUGUGGAACCCGACCUGCAACCUCUCUUCCCGACGCCGGCCCAAAUCGCUCAUCUGCUUUCACCAUAUGUCAGCCUUUCCCCGCAGCAGAAGGCAGAGCUUGUCUCUCACUGCCUGAUGCGUGCUUGUCAAUUCGGUGACAUGCUCAUCAUGUCGCACCUACUCACCGACCCGAACGCGCAUCCGUUUGUGGACCUGGCGAAGAAAGAGGACGAUGGACUGGGUUUGAUCAGCACGACCAUACUGGGUUUUGGCUCGGAAUCCGAGAGGGAAAUUGAGAGGGAGGAAUGCGUCCGGCUGCUUGUAUCAGAGGGUUGCGAUGUGAACAGCGCAGACCAGGGUACAUGGCUGGACACCCUCCAUUACGCGUCUCUCUUAGCACCCGCGACGCUGGUGACAUACCUCUUGACACACGGUGCUUCCGCUUUCGCGCUAACGCGCAGACGGCUCACGGCCUUGGACAUUGUCACUGCGCACUCUACUAUGCCCGGCCGCGGAGAUGCCAUGCGCGGGGAGGGAUGGAAAGGCGGGAGGAUGGAGGAACAACGGCGGCUCCUGGAGAGGCGCGCUCGACGCAUGGGCAAGCGGAAGGACGUUCAACUCGACAUCGAGAAGGCAUUAGGAAUAACCCCGAGGUGGUGGGGCGACGAGCUCUCGGACCCCAACUUCGACUUCGACGAGGAGGACGAGGACGAGGCACCAGAUGACACGGUUUUCACACCACCGCCGGACUACAACUCGAUGCUUGUGUUCUCUCCAAUGUCGCUUCCUGACAUCUUCCAAUCACUCAUAACUGACUUCGAACCGUCACUGCGGAACGCGGAACCAGCCAACGCUCUAUACCUGCUUGUGCGCUUUGCCUGCAUUAAUUGUGAUCACAACUGGCUCGAGGAUCUCAUUCUCGGAGCGUGCGACGCUAUUGAAGAGACAUUCUUCAAUCGAGCGGACGAUGCCACCACGUUGAUCUUCUGGCUGUAUAAUACCACUGUGUGGCUUCAUCUGAUGCGCUGCGACAGUGCCAUCAACGAGACGCUAGAAAUGCUAGGUUCCUUCACGCUGAUAGAAGAGAUACUCAAUUCUGAUUUCGAAUUCGAGUCCGUGGAAUUCGAGUCGGAAUGGUCCUUCCUCCGUACGUUCGGCGGUGGCAAGAAGAAGACUCCCGCCGCGAAUGGUGGCUCGCAGAAGAAUGGCGCACCGAGCACUCCCAAAAUCGGCAGCAGGCCGCCGUCACCUAACCCGCCGGCAUCCGCGUCGCCCACGAAUCAGCGUAGCUUCGCGUCGUUGCGGCAGACCUUCGCCCGCACGCGUGCUCCUUCCACCACUCCUCUGCAGUCGAUUUUCACCGACCCCGCUGCAGCCCCUCCGCCACCUUCGCCCAAGGACAUCACAUCCUUUAUCACUGCGCUACACACCCUCCUCACACUGUCCGGAAUCAAUCCAGCAUCAUCAUUCAGUGAGACCUUCAACAGGGUUUCGACGCGGAAGAAGUAUCUAUGCCGAUCCAGAGCGGUCCAGAUCAGCAUGAACCUUAGCGUUCUGGAAGAGUGGAUCGGCGAGAUGCAGCUCCGCGUGGCAUUGGACCUGUUGACGUGGUUGCAGAGCUUGUCGUCAAUAACGGAGUUCCCGAACCUAAUCGCUACCAUACAGACGUUGCGGAACUUGAAUCCACUUCAGAUGCGCCGUGCAGUCCGUGACUACCGGUAUGAGUGCAACCAGUACCUCGCGCAACUGCAGAAGGACUGGGAGCGACAUCGAAUCAAGCUGGGCGUCGAGGCUCUCCGGAAAGAGAUUGGCGAGCGGGAACGUGAUCGGGAAGAGGGUCUGAGCGUCUCGCCGUCGCUCCACGACGUGCCUAUUGGCGAUGGCAGACAGUCUCCGUCGAACAUCGACGCGCUCUUCGACCGGACAUGGGAAAAGUCUCUGGGAGCCUGCCAGAGCCCCCGACCUCUGGGCGAACUCCUCGACUCUAGAUACAUGUUGCCUCUGCUCUUUCCGUCGGACCCCAAGAUGCUCGGUGCUCUUCCCGCCAACCGGACGACGCCGGACGACGAGAAACGACUCCACUGCAAGCCGGCCAGCUUUGGGACCCGCGGAGCGAUGGUCUGGCGGCUAAAGAGCAAGAAACUGCGCGACGUGAGCGCAAUCACCCUACAAUGGGUGGAUGGCUCCAGAGCCGCUCGACGGUGGACAAGACCGGCCGAGAUUGAGGAAGAGGAGGAAUGGGAAGAGCUGCCGCCUUACCCUACUGCGGACGCUCAGUCUCCGGACGCGUUGAGGGUGGAAACUCACUUCACCCCGCUUACAAGAAAGCCGUCCGCCCGCAGCAGGGGGCGAGGAAGCAGUGCGGUAGAGGAGGUGCCGACACCCGCCGCCGAAGAAGACCAACCCGCCGAAGAGGACCAACCUGAACCUGUAUAAUGGACACUGCUUUCUGCUCAUUGUCUGUACUCUGCAUUGCUUUGGAUCCUAUCUGUAGUGCUCGCCAUCUCAUGCAACUCGUCUAUUUAUGGCUACCAACAUAAUUACCCACCGUCGAUAGAUUAUAUAUCCCCUGAGCCUCCUCGCGGCCGCUGCGUGCACUGGUAGUAUAGGACCGCGGCUGGGCAAAGGCACGCCGACGUAAAUGACUUACCUGCGAGCAACGAAGUGGCGUCGGAAGAAUAUCAAUCGAAAUAGAUCUGGA